GAUAAUUGUACUGCUAAAAUAAUAAAUUUGGUUUGCAUAUUGCGUAUGAUAUCUGUUGACCUGUGAUCCGGUUGAUGAAUUCCUUCAUUUUCUACUAUCCCCCGAAAAUUCGGCAUCGAUGAAUCGAUGUGCAAAUUGAUUUUGACAUUUGACAAAAACGUCAAAACGAAAACGAGUGUGAACGAGUGGUUGGAUAACAAAACAAAAAAAGUUUAAGUUGGAGUAAGGUUUAUUAUAUAAAUAUAAGGAUAAAUAAAUAUAUAAAUGAUAUAUAACUUAUGACUAAAAUAACAAAUUUAAAUAAAAAUUGUGCCCUCCUACUACAAGAAUAUGUCAAGUGUUUUAGAAAAUUUAACCAUUAAUGUUGGAAAUAUAAUAAAAUACGGUUGCAUGGCAUACUGUACACUUCGCUUCGGUGGUGAUUUUGUAAUAUGUUCCGGUCCUUCCAUGGAACCGACUUUACAUUCCGAUGAUGUUCUAUUGACAAAGCACGUUUCACCACUCAGAGGAGGCAUAAACAAGGGAGAUAUUAUAAUAGCUAAAUGUCCUACCAAUCCCAAACAACAGAUCUGUAAAAGAGUAGUGGCCCUUCCUGGGGAGAAAGUAAAAACUGGCUUCAGAACAUACAAGUAUGUACCUCUUGGUCAUGUAUGGCUGGAAGGUGAUAAUGUCAAUAAUUCUUUAGAUAGUCGAUCAUAUGGAGCUUUACCUCAAGGAUUAAUAAAGAGUAAGGCUUUGUGUAAAGUAUGGCCUCUUCAAGACAUUACUUUGUUCACUAAAUAAUUUAUAUGGACUUUGUGUGGUAUUUGGAACAUUUUUAAAUAAAUUAUAUGAUAA